AUGAAUGAGAAACGUUCGUCUCCUGUGCGCACAGACGGCCGGGUCUGGCAGCCGUGGGAUGAGCUGGCCUGCCACUGGCCCAUCGCACUGAAGAUCCGGCAGGGCAACCGGACUCUCAGCUUGGAGGAAGCGGCCCUGGGGCAGAACGGAUUCCCGGCUCGGCUGCAGGUCACGCUGGAGGUGGAGGGAGAUCGCUUUCUGGUGGAUUUGGAGCGGAAUUGGGAGCUGCUGGCGGGUGCCAAGGGACUGGCAUAUUACCUUCCCGAUGGAACCAGGGCGAUUCAUCGGACCAGCCCAGAGGAGAAUUGCUGUUAUCGGGGUAGCAUCGAGGGAUUUCUUGAAUCUUGGGCCAAUAUCUGCAUUUGCUCAGGUCUAAGUGGUCUCCUGGCUGUGUCCAGAGAGCGAAGCUACAGCCUCGAGUCCCGUGUCAAGGGGAACGUGACGGAUCACAGAGCCUACAGACUUCGUGCAGUCAGACACGGCACAGGAGAAUGCAGGCCAGUUUCUCUGUCCCAUGGACAGCUUCAUUCACAGCCGGAGCAACCUCUGCUACGUAGGGGUAAGCGGCAGGCGGAACCCGAACAUGGAUACGUGGAACUGGUGAUGGUGGCUGACCAUGCCGAGUUUGAGCUGUAUUUCGACCUCAACCAAGUCCAGAUGCGGAUGCUGGAAAUCGCUAGCCAUAUGGACGGGUUUUACCGUCCGCUGGGCCUGCGGGUGGCGCUCGUGAGCGGCGAAGUCUGGAACAAGCAAGACCAGGUGUCGAUGGAGGGGCAUCCCCACGUGGUGCUGGAGCGCUUUCUACGCUGGAGGCAGCAGGCACUCCUGCCGAAGGUCCCGCAUGACAGUGCCCAGCUUAUUACCCAGCGCCGGCGGCAUCCUCAGCGCCCGAGCCUGCCUGCUUCGGCAGGAAGCCCCACGGUGUGCAAAGAGGCGGCCGCUCAGGUGUGCAGGACAGCGGCCGAGAGCCGCUCUGCCCAGCAGCGCCCGCCGGCGCAGCCUCCAUUCACAAAGGGGGCCGCCGAGCGGCCGAGGAAGCGCCCAAACUGCCCGCGCCACGCCAGGAGGCGGCCCCAGCAGAGCCACGAAAAGUCCUGCGCGGUGUGGGGGUGCACGGGGAGAGCGGGCGCGUGCGUCGGGGGAAGAGACCUGCCCGCCCGGUUCCCGCCACCCUCGCGCACUCUCCCCCCUUUCCCUGCCUCCCCCGGGUCUAGGAGACGCUCGCUGUCCCCUCAGAAGCCGGUGAUGGCCGUGGCGGGAAGCCGCUGUGGCACCAAAGGCAAGCCGUGGGGCGCGCGGGAGGAGGUUGCGGGAUUCACCAGGGGGCGUCCGCUGCUGCUGCUGCACAGCCCCAAGCGGCUGAAGCUGAGGGCAGCGACGGCAGAGCCCGAGCUUGCUCCCGCGGCGCAGGUGGGCGGUGGGCGGUGGCGGCGGCAGCCUGGCUCCCUUCUCUGCCAGUCUGCUCUGCUUACCCCCACGUGCCGGCAGAGAGGGCUCAGCAUGCCAAGUCGGGCACACGUGCCGGGCUCCCCACUAACCGGUGGCAUGACAGGGGUGUCCACUCAUGCUUCCAUCUGCUCCAGGCGCUCAGGAGGGAUCAGCAUGGACCACUCCGUCAGCCCGCUGGUCAUGGCUUCCACCCUCUCCCACCAACUAGGCCACAACCUGGGCCUCAGCCACGACGGUGCCAGUUGCGGCUGCGACGGGUCCAGCCCCAACCUUCCCCCGGGCCGUAGCUGCAUCAUGGAGCCACCGGGGUUGUUGCCCGGCCUGAGUUUUAGUCGUUGCAGCCGCCAGCAGCUCCAAGAGAUCCUCCAGAGCAACAGGGUCUGGUGUCUUCGGGACGUGCCUGAGCCGACCCGCCUGACCAAGCCCCGCUGUGGGAACCACCUUGUGGAAUCGGGGGAAGAAUGCGACUGCGGUCUCCGACAGGAGUGUACAGAUCCGUGUUGCGAUGCAAUCACAUGCCAGCUGGUGCCCGGAGCUCAGUGUGCCACGGGGGGAGGCUGUUGCCACAAAUGCAAGCUCCGGGGGGCUGGUUUUGUCUGCCGUGGAGCCCAGAAGGAGUGUGACCUUCCCGAGUUCUGCGAUGGUGUCUCCCCCCGUUGCCCCACCAACGUCCACAAACAGGAUGGGACGCCCUGCGCGGAAGGCGAGGCCAUUUGCUAUGGAGGGGCCUGCCCCACUUACUUGGGUCAGUGCCAGGAACUUUGGGGUCCAGGUUCGGUCCCCGUCUCUGACGCCUGCAUGGCUUCUCUGAAUGGCAGGGGCGACCUGGAGGGCCAUUGCGGGCAGCAUCUUAACGGCUCCUAUGUUUCUUGUGCCCACCGGAACUCUCGGUGUGGACGACUGCAGUGCCAAGGGGGCAGCGCCAACCUCACGAAGCAAAACAAGGUCGGGGCCUCGCCCGCCUGCCCGCAUAACACCCCCUCUCCUGCAGACGACGUUCUCGAUCUGGCCAUGGUUUUGCCGGGUACCGCUUGUGGGCCUGACAAGUUCUGCAUUGAUCAGCGGUGCCAGGAUCUACCCGCGCUGAAGUUUCCAGUCUGCCUUUGCAACGGGCAUGGGGUGUGUAACAACCAAGGAAACUGCCAUUGCCAGCCAGGUUGGGCACCCCCGGACUGCCGGAACAGUGGCCGAGGAGGCAGCGUAGACAGUGGCUCGCCUGCUGUGGAGCGAGGCAGUGCCACCUCGACGGCCCUCAUCCUGAGCAGCCUCCUCCUCGUCCUGCUUUUAGUCUUCGGGCUGUAUUUCGCCAAGCGAGUCGGUCUGCACAAACGCCUCUGCCAGCUCGGCAAGGGCACGAGCUGCCAGUACAGUGCGGAGGCAGAGUCCCGGGUGCAAUUCCUCCACCCGUCUGAACAGAGAGGGAUCACCCAGCCUGAACCCCGAAGUUACAGCCGGGCCCCCCCGGAGCGGCCCCAACCCCCCCAGUGGAGGCAGAGCUCUGAACUUCAGCUGAUGCCGAGCAGUAAGCCCACCCCCCUUGACGACACACGGCCCGAUCCUCCGUCCAAGCCACUGCCGCCUGACCCGAUCCCAAAGGGUCAACAGGCUGCGGCCACAGACAGGCCAGUGCCUCCCACGCGCCCGCUGCCCGCCGACCCCAUUCCUAAAGCCGCACAGCCCCCUGGCCCCGCCAAGCCCCCGCCUCCCCGGAAACCGCUGCCUUCCGACCCACCCCGGACGGAGCCGUCUGCCGUGCCUACCUACAGUCCUCAGGUCCUGAUGCUGCCGCCCAGGCCGCCGCCGCCUCCUCCUCCUCCCCCCACGUCGUCGGCUGGUCUCCCAACGCAUGUCCAAGAAGCCUAA